UAACUGUAGCAUGAUAGCUCCGCUAGGGAGCUAACGGGGCUAGCGUCAAGCUGUUGCUUCCUGGUGACGUCACGACCCCUCCGCCUGAUCGUGUUCUUCUCUAAAAUAUUUGGUUUAACAUUAACAGUGGGCAGUGGGCACAAGAUAAACUUGAGCCAUGUCUUGUCACACUUGUCUCUCACACAUAAAUACCCGCACCUUAGUCUAUAAUAUAUUUACUAUACUAUAAUAUAUUAUCACCGGGUUGUAUUUCACACACAUCAUGUAACGUUGGUAACAUCAGUGCGCACGAGUUAAACUGUUUUAAUGUGUGUGAGUUAGGUGGUUUUAUCUGUCCAUCUGUAAUGAAACACCAGACCUGGCAUGCAGAAUAUUAUUUCGUGUUGUAGUUAGUGAGAAGUAGGAUCUUGUGACCAAAGUUCUCAUUUAGGUGUUUCCAACCACAUGACCCGAUAUGUUACACACUCAAUGUGGUCUGGACUGAAGUUACACACUCAGUGAGGUCUGGUCUGAUGUUUCCACCUAGAUGUUGUCUGGUCUGAUCUGAUGUUUCCACCUCAAUGUUCCUGGUCCAUGCAGUUGACUGAAGAUCUGCCUAGUGAAUGCUUAAGACACUCUUUUUGAGGGUGUAUCUUGACUUCUUAGCGCCAGGGGGCCAGGUGGUUUCUCUGACGACAGGAGAUACACAUGAAUCACAUGUUGAUCGGUUGGAUAUAAACGAAUCACUGUAUAAAUAGAUUCUAAAAAGUUAAGAAUAGAAAUCACAUCUGCAGUUUCAUCUUCCUCCGUCUAUGCCCGGUCAGUGCGGUAGGCGCUACUGUGUUCGCGUGUGUUGCUUGUCUAUUGUGUGUGUGUUGCGUGUCUAUUGUGUGUGAGAGCGAAGGGGUGUAGAGUGAAGCCCAUCCCCUCAUUAACAUUCAGAGGCUCGUCAAAGGGGGGAUGCUGAGGUUGGUCCGGUGCUUCUGAUCAUCACUGACUAUACAGAGGGGAGACCGUUUACCGUUUUUAAAAGCGAAAGCAACUUGAACUAGAAUAUAGCGGUGCCACGCCCGUGGUUAGUGGUUAGCCAUGGACACCACCACCUCCAUCAAGAUGACCACGCUGGCAAUCCAGAGCCUCUUCAGCCACGUGGAGGAGGAGAACCUGGCCGCCAUCAAGGCCCACCUGGACAAGUUCAAGGAGGUGGACGGCCGCAGCGAUAACGGCCAGACUCCUCUGAUGGUGGCAGCAGAGCAGGGGAGCCUGGAGAUCGUGCAGGAGCUCAUUAGGAGGGGCGCCAACGUUAACCUGGAUGAUGUGGACUGCUGGACAGCACUCAUCUCGGCGGCCAGAGAAGGCCACCUGGAAGUGGUGAAGGAGCUACUGGAGAACAAUGCCAACCUGGAGCACAGAGACAUGGGGGGAUGGAGCGCUCUGAUGUGGGCCGCCUAUAAGGGCCGCACCCCCGUGGCCCAGAUGCUGCUGGACAAAGGAGCCAACCCCAACAUCACAGGCCAGUACAGCGUGUACCCCAUCAUCUGGGCGGCCGGGCGCGGCCACGGGGAGAUCGUCCAUCUCCUGCUGCAGCACGGGGCCAAGGUCAACUGCUCCGACAAGUACGGCACCACCCCGCUGAUCUGGGCGGCCAGGAAGGGCCACUACGACAGCGUCAUGCACCUGCUGGCCAACGGCGCGGACGUGGACCAGGAGGGGGCGAACUCCAUGACGGCGCUGAUCGUGGGCGUGAAGGGGGGCUUCACGGACGUGGUGAAGGAGCUGCUCAAGAGGAACCCCAACGUCAACAUGACGGACAAGGACGGCAACACGGCCCUCGCCAUCGCAGCCAAGGAAGGCCACACCGGCAUCGUCCAAGACCUGCUGGACGCAGGCACCUACGUCAACAUCACCGACCGGAGUGGGGAGACCAUGCUGAUCGGAGCCGUCAGAGGAGGCCACGUCGAGAUCGUCCGAGCCCUGCUGAACAAAUACGCAGACAUCGACGUCCGCGGCCAGGAUGGAAAGACUGCCCUCUACUGGGCGGUGGAGAAAGGCAACGCCACCAUGGUCAGAGACAUCCUGCAGUGUAACCCGGACACAGAGAGCUGCACCAAGGAGGCAGAGACUCCCCUCAUCAAAGCCACCAAGAUGAGGAACAUUGAGGUGGUGGAGCUGCUGCUGGAUAAGGGGGCCAAGGUGUCCGCGGUGGACAAGAAAGGAGACACGCCCCUUCACAUCGCCAUCCGGGGGCGGAGCCGUAAGCUGGCCGAGUUGCUGCUGAGGAACCCUAAAGAUGGCCGCCUGCUGUACCGGCCCAACAAGGCCGGGGAGACGCCCUACAACAUCGACUGCACCCACCAGAAGAGCAUCCUCACGCAGAUCUUCGGAGCCAAGCACCUCUCCCCAUCUGAGUCGGACGGGGACAUGCUGGGCUACGACCUGUACAGCAGCGCCCUGGCGGACAUCCUGAGCGAGCCCACCAUGCAGCCGCCCAUCUGUGUGGGGCUGUACGCCCAGUGGGGCAGCGGCAAGUCCUUCCUGCUCAAGAAGCUUGAGGACGAGAUGAAGACGUUUGCGGGCCAGCAGAUCGAGCCUCUGUUCCAGUUCUCCUGGCUGGUGGUCUUCCUCACCCUCCUGCUGUGCGGCUCCGUGGCGCUGGUCCUGGGCUUCACGGGGGACCCCAAGCUCGCCAUCGCCGUCUCCCUCAGCCUCCUCACCCUGCUCUACAUCUUCUUCGUGCUCGUGUUCUUUGGGGGCCGGCGCGAGGGCGAGAGCUGGAACUGGGCGUGGGUGAUCAGCACGCGGCUGGCCCGCCAGGUGGGCUACCUGGAGCUGCUGCUCAAACUCAUGUUCGUCAACCCGCCCGAGCUGCCAGAGCAGACCACCCGCGCCCUGCCCGUCAGGUUCCUCUUCACUGACUACAACCGGCUGUCCAGCGUGGGCGGGGAGACCUCCAUGGCGGAGAUGGUCGCCACCCUCUCUGACGCCUGCGAGCGGGAGUUUGGCUUCAUGGCCACCCGGCUCUUCAGGGUCUUCAAGAACGAUGACAUCCAAGGUAAGAAGUGGAAGAAGACGUGCUGCGUGCCGUCCUUCGUGCUGUUUGUCGUGGCGCUGGGCUGUCUGCUCACCGGCCUUGCCCUGCUCGCCAUCUUCAAGGUGGACCCGCUGAACCUGACGGUGAACGCGGUGCUGAUCGGCAUGGCCAGCGUGGUGGGCCUUGCCCUGCUGCUCAACGUCAGGACCUGGUGGCAGGUGGCCGACUCGGUCCUCAACUCCCAGAGGAAGAGGCUGCACCGCGCCGCCAACAACCUGAACGCGCUCAAGAGCGAAGGCUUCAUGAAGGUUCUCAAGCAGGAGGUGGAGCUGAUGUCCAAAAUGGCCAAGACCAUCGACGGCUUCACGGAGAACCAGACGCGCAUGGCGGUGAUCAUCGACGGGCUGGACGCCUGCGAGCAGGACCGCGUGCUGCAGAUGCUGGAUACGGUGCGGGUCCUGUUCUCCAAGGGCCCCUUCAUCUCCAUCUUCGCCAGCGACCCCCACAUCAUCAUCAAGGCCAUCAACCAGAACCUGAACAGCGUCCUGCGGGACUCCAACAUCAACGGCCACGACUACAUGAGGAACAUCGUCCACCUGCCCGUCUUCCUGAACAGCCGGGGGCUGAGCUCCGCCAAGAAGCUCUGCAUGGCCACGCCCACCAACGGAGACGUGCUGCCGGCUGAGGGGUUGAUGGAGGACAUGGACCGGAAGCUGUCCCAGAGCAGCAUCACAGACCAGGCCAAGUUUGGCAGCAAGAACGCCUUAAACCGCAGAGACACGUACCGGCGGCGUCAGAUGCAGCGCACGCUGACGCGCCAGAUGUCCUUCGACCUCACCAAGCUGCUGGUGACCGAGGACUGGUUCAGCGACAUCAGCCCCCAGACCAUGAGGAGGCUGCUCAACAUCGUCUCCGUCACGGGUCGUCUGCUGAGAGCCAAUCAGAUCAUCUUUAACUGGGACCGGCUGGCGUCGUGGAUCAACUUGACGGAGGAGUGGCCGUACAGGACGUCCUGGAUCAUCCUGUUCCUGGAGGAGACCGACGGCGUCUCGGACCAGGUCUCUCUGAAGAGCAUCUACGAGAGGAUCUCCAAGAACAUCCCCACCACCAAGGACGUGGAGCCACUGCUGGAGAUCGACGGGGACAGCCGCAGCUUCGAGGUGUUCCUCUCCUCCCGCACGCCCGUGCUCACCGCCCGCGACGUGGACACCUUCCUGCCCUGCACCGUCAACCUGGACCCCAAGCUGAGGGAGAUCAUCGCAGACGUGCGCGCGGCCCGAGAGCAGCUCCACAUGAGCGCGGUGCCCUACCCCACCCUGCAGGAGGCCCCGCCCCGCGCGGCCCCCCACGGGUACGGCCCGCCCCCCGCCGCCUGCUCCCCAACCGGCUCCUUCCCGGUGCCCCCGGCCCCCCAGCCUCACAGCUCCUACUUCAGCGGCAUGACGGGGCCGCAGCACCCCUUCUACAACCGGCCGUAUUUCCCCAACCAUGUGUAUCAUCUGCCACGGCAUUACCCCCACCACGUCCCCUCCUCCUCCUUCUCCCGCCCCUCCUUUAAGGCCCACGGACCGCCCAAGGAGCACGCCGGCGGCCUGGAUGUUAUCGCUGAGGACGCCAAAGAAGAGCCCCGCUGCUGCUCUGAGCCCCCCAUGGUAACCCCACUAACCAGCGCUGAGUGGACCUAUUGGAGCACGCACGCACGCGCACGCACACGCAUACACAUGCACACAGACACAGACAUGAACGCUUGCACACUCACAAACACAGCCACAUGCCACAUGCGCGCACACACGGACACAAAUGCACACAUACUCACAAAAACACAGCCACAAACAUGCCAAAAGCCACACGCACAAACACACAGCCACAUACACGCACACAGCCACACGAACAAACACAAACACACAGGCACACACACACUCACAGGCCUGGUUGGUUGAGGCAUGGAGAUGAAGAAUCGGUGGAAUGCAGCUCGAUAUCUAGUUAUUAUAGGCUGACUAGCUAUUAUGGGACGUAUUUGCUAGCAAAAACGACCCCAGCCACCUUUUUGUGUGUGUAAUGAGCUCACACGCUGAAUGCAUGCAGCUGAGAGAGGACUCCUCCUCCAGGUAUCUGUAUGGCCUGGAUGUGAAACAGGCUGCUGACUGCUGAUCCGAGCAUCCACCGCUGUGGUUAGUGGAGAUCAUCAUCGAAGCCUCGGCUCUUAUCACCUCAUCACUGUCACACACGGCUGUAUUCUGGUAGCAUCCUGUGUGAGCUGUUGACGCACGCAGGGUUAACCACCAAGAACACGUGCCUCACCAACACUCAGCAACGGCCCGGAAACCCAGAAGGUGACCUGAGGCUCCUCUCCGUCCUCUCAAAUCUGUCCGCCUUGGCCUGAAAAAGUAAGUGGAGGGGCAGAGUCUCUCUGCGUUUCCUGUUUUGAGGCCGACCGUACGCUCUCGGCCGAGAAGCAAUACGGUGGUUUUGCUCCUAUCGGUUCGGUUAUCGGUUCUUCUAGGUCCGAGAUGAACCGUCGUAUCUCAAUGGUUGUUGGUCUCCAGCAGGGGUCCGUUCCAUGUGACGCCCGGAUACAGAUACACCCUCCCAGCAAUGUGAUUGGUUGAAGCAGAUCUGAAGUGAAGAAGUGAUUCGAGCUCCUCAGCCAUCAGACUUCAGACGUUAUCUACAGUCCGAUGUCUCUACCAACUAGAGGGUAGCAAGGGUUGAGAUCUCAUCAGCAGAGCAGAAGGCUGUCUGUUCAUCGACCCUCUGUCGUUUGAGGAAAGGGGGAAACAAUUUGAUGAAGACUUUAAACAGCCCAUGCUCCGUGACGUCGCUUGUUACAGGCCGACCGUCAAAGAUUAAAAAGAUUCUCUCUUUCCUGCCAUUCCUCUCCAUCUCCCAACUCUUCCUUAUCUUUGUCUCCCCUCUCCUCCCUUCAUCCUAGUUUCCCGGAUCUUCUCCGCGUUCAUAACCAUGCUCCUACCGUUUCUGUGCGUGAAAUCUUUCACAAGCUCAAUAAUGUGUGUGUAUGUCUGUAUGUGUUGUGUGUGCUGGUGUGCGUGCGCACUUGCGAUAGCCUGUGUGUGUGUGUGUGUGUGUGUGUGUGUAUAUAUCUGUAUGUGCUGGUGUGUGUGCGCACUUGCGAUAGCCUGUGUGUUUGAGUGUGUCCCUGUAUGGAUGUUUGUGUGUGUGUGUGUGUGUGUGUGUGUGUGUGUGUGUGUGUGUGUGUGUGUGUGUGUGUGUGUGUGUGUGUGUGUGUGUGUGUGUGUGUGUGUGUGUGUGUGUGUGUGUGUGUGUAUGUAUGUAGCAGGGCCCAGCCCUGUGUAAUUGCCUGGCUGAUAUAAGCACAAGUACAGAUUCCUCCGGCUUGCCGGGAUUAUCAUCAGAGAGACUGUUGGGGUUGGCAACACACACACACACACACACACACACACACACACACACACACACACACACACACACACACACACACACACACACACACACACACACACACACACACACACACACACACACACACACACACACACACACACACACACACACGCACACAC